AGAAUGAGGAGGAUAGAGUACUGACCUCUUCCUCCUCCUCCUCCUUCCUCCUCCCGUGGUCCUCCUGUUCCUUCCCUUCAACCUCGUUUCCCGCCUUGUUGGACCAAUUCGGAUCAAAGGGAACGCGCGCACGCCCAAGGCAAAAAGCCCCCGCCCAUAUCACCCACCACUUUCCCUACAGAUUGGAAAACCAACCAACUCUCCGCCGUUCUUACUUACGGUCGUACUAGAAGCCGGGUGGGGGAGAAGUUUGAUGCCAACCCAGCCAACCUAAUUCGGGUUGUCGGAGAGAGGGAGCACCAAAAUUGGAUCAAGAGUGCAUACAUAAAUAGUUCAAUUCACCCUGCACACAAAAAUGGAGAACGUGCGUCAAAUGUUGAAUCGGCCCGAGGUCCGCAAUCUCAACUGCAUUCGGGAUGUCAAGUUUCCCGUCAAUUACUCGCUUCAGGCCGUGGAAAUGAAGCCAACGGAGGAAGACCCGGGACUAGUGAGUCUCACCAUUCGGAUCCCAGGGGAAGUCAGGGUGGUUCACGGUUCCGAGGAUGUCUUUGGAGCCGUCAAAGAGGCCGUCAAGAAGCACAUCAAUGCUGCGGAGGAGGCCGAAAACGAGGGCUUGACCAUUCAAGAGAAACAAGGAGCCUGGGUCAUUCAACUCGAAAAGGGCAUCUUCAGCAAGAAGCAAGGGGUUGAGUUGUUGUGUCAAAUCAUGGAGAACGUUACCAAGGCGGGUUAUGAUAUGUUGACUAGCUCGAGAUUCUCGACCACGCCGGGAUUCGAACUCCGAACCUGGAUCCUAAAGAAAGCCGCCACACCCAUUGAGAGCCCACAGGUGAUGGCCCUCGCUUUCCCCGCAGCCGACAAGGUGUGCGUUGUGGGAGCCAAGGAGGAUAAUCCGGCCAACCCUGUGGUCCAAGCAGCCAUCGAAAAGGUCAUGAAACCGUCCGAAACCGGACCCAAAGACAUCGAAGAACCCGACGUCAAAGUCACGGAGCCCGAGAAAAAGGAGGAGACCAAAGAGGCGGAGGAGGAGGAAAAAGAGAAAGAAGUGGCGGAGGAAAAAAAGGAUGAAGACAAGAAGGAAAAUGACAACGAAGAGGACAAACAAGAAGUCGAGCCAGACAACAAGGACGAAAAGAGCAACGACGAUAUUGAACCUCCAGUCAAAGUCGAGGAGGUAGCAAAUCAAGACAAUAAACCACAAGAAGGAGACAACGACGCCAAGGCUGACACGGAGAAAGAAUCCAGCGAUGAGAAAGUCAACGAGUUCAAAUUGGACAUGAACCAGCUGAACGCCGAGAAUGGCAAAAUCCUUCGCUCCAAAUUGCUUUUGGAGGUUCUUCACCAGUUGUUCUGCCGCCAAUGGAAAUUGAUCUGCUCCUCGCACGUGCCCUUCGGUGGAGAUCAUGAGGUCAUGUUCUUCAUCCAAGACACCCGGAUCUUGCCAGGCUUGGGACAGGAUCACUUUGCCAUGUUGGAAAUAGAGAAACCCGACAUGGUUCGAUUGUACGGGUUGAACGAGGACAUGGAGGGCAAGAUCAAGACUGUCAUGCAGGAGCAUUGGAUGCCGGGUCUGGACUCCAAGGACCCGGAAGAGGUGCACGAGGUCAAAAGCUACAAGCUCUUGGAGGAACCCUGGAAUCAGUCUUGCGUCAUCAAGGAUGGCUCCGGACCCAUGCCCAGAUUGGUCGUGUCCCCUCAGAUUUUGGUGGCCAAGUUCCUCUUGGCCAUGAACAAGGCCGAAAUGAACGUCUACGAGAGCAUCACCUUGGACGUGGGUAAGACAGAUCAAAAGACUUUGGUCAUCUUCCGGCAAUCCAAUGUUGGCUACACCCAGGAGUUGACACUCAAACUGGCAGGGGUCAAUCGGAUUGGAGUUCUGGGCGGCACUGAGGCCGAUAUCGAGGCCAUUCGCAAGUGUCUGCAAAGUCGAUGGCCUUACCCACUGACUCACGACUACAAAGUGGAGAAAGAAGGCAACGAGGAGGAGUUUUGGCAAUUCAAAGUCAAACGAUACCCUUGGGCUGUAUCCUAUGGGAACAAGCACAUUGAUCGAGCCAUUGAGACAGCUCAGAGUCUGAUCCAACAGCAUCAUGAGAUCACGUUCCCACCGCCACAAAACAUGGACGCCGAGUCUGGGAAGAGCAUCUUGGUCUAUCUCAUCAAAGAAUUAUCGGAUUUGGGAUGGCGGGUUCAAUUCUGCGGGGACAUCUCCUCCCAAAAUGUGGCCCAAAAGCGACCACCAAUUCCGGAGCGGCCCAGCGAUCCAGUCUCCUUGUACUUCUUGAAGUAAUCAUGGGUCAGACGAACAAACACUUCUUCAAUUCUUCCCCUUCCCGCGCUCUCCCUCUUCUUCUCAGUGAACGACCAAGGCUAAUCUUCAUGUAGUUUUGAUAUUACUUUGCGAUUCCCCUCAUCAUAACCUCGUGUUUCCUCCCCUUUGAAUCAAGUAGGGGAGCUCUUUGCACGGGAUUCGCGUUUUUAAGGGAACUCUCGUGGGCAUGCUCUUCAAUUGUAUGGUGAUAAGACCAGUAGCCACCAGUAAAGGGAUUCUCGGACUUGGUUAUGUAAAUUUCUUCGUGAACGCUCAAGUUUUUCCAAGAUGUCUCAACUAUUACUAUGAUUAU